AUGGCGCCGCCGGCAGCGGCUGCCGUGGUGCAGCAGCAGGGACAGCCUGCGCAAGGACGGCAGCAACAGCAACCAGCGGGUUUCGGCCAGUCAAUUACUGGGAUCAUAAGAAUUGCAGUUUUCUGGUACUUCGCUUCCAAAUUUUUCUCUCCCAAGAGACCCGCCACCGAUCCUUCUCUUCUCACCUCCAAUCUCUUUCAGAAGGGCGAGCUCAUGGACAUGUGGUUUUAUGUUUCGGAGAGUGAGAAGUUCAAUGACUUCAACAACGAAGGUGCUCUUAUUUGGCACGAAGCUAACAUACCUUAUGCAGUUUGGGCCCCGGAAAGUACUAGGUCCCUUUCUGUGAAGUAUUAUCCCUCCGAGGCAUUGAAGCACAAUGGCAGUCUUUAUGCACAUGUUUACUUUGCCCGUUCUGGGUAUCCACCAGACCCCCAGGAUCCAGAGUACCAACCUCUUGCUGCCUUUGAAAGGACUCAUCCCAUUGUGGUUUACUUGCCGAAGUCAAAAUCUGAUAAGAGGAAGAGCCUGUUAGGGGAUGGAAAAGGUGGCGAAGAAAGUGAACCACUUACUCAGGUGGUUGAUGAUCUUGAUCUCGAUCCUAAAGAUGAAGGCCCUCCAGAAUGGAUUUCCUACUGGAAACCAAAUAUUACCAUAAACCUGGUUGAAGACUUCUCUAGAUAUUCACAAAGUGCAGUACCACCAAAUAUUGCUCCUUACAUGAAUUUUGAGCCUAGUACUGGGAAUUACUAUCCUACGGUAUUCUUCAAUGAGUUUUGGUUGCUCAGGGAUAAGUUGACUGCACUGAAUGAAACAGUGACAGAAUUGCCACUUAAUUUGGAGGUUGGCCCUAUAAGCAUGACAAAGUGGCAACUAUUUCUUCAAAUUGAUCAGUCAUUCCAGAUACACCGAAGCUAUGGAAGCAUGCUUGAAGGUGAAGCUGAUGAAUUGAAGAGGGUGUUCUUGGAAGGAAAUCCUUACCUCCUUGGUAUCACAAUGGUUGUUUCGUUGCUCCAUUCAGUGUUUGAUUUCCUGGCGUUCAAGAAUGAUAUACAAUUUUGGAAUAAAAACAAGUCUAUGGAAGGAUUGUCGGCGAAGUCUGUUGUCGUGAACUUCAUAUCUCAGCUCAUAGUCUUUCUCUAUCUACUUGACAACGACACAUCAUGGAUGAUCCUUGCGAGCUCAGGUGUUGGUGUGUGCAUUGAAUUUUGGAAAAUUGGGAAAGCAAUGCACAUUGAGAUUGAUAGAAGUGGCAAGAUCCCAAUGCUGAGAUUCCGAGACCGUGAGUCUUAUGCUGGAAAUAAGACUAAGGAAUAUGACGACAUUGCAAUGAAGUAUUUGUCCUAUGUGAUAUUUUUGCUUGCUGCAUGCUUUGCUGUUUAUUCGCUCAAAUAUGACCGGCACAAGAGCUGGUACUCCUGGAUUCUGUCCUCAUUAACAAGCUGUGUCUACAUGUUUGGUUUCAUCAUGAUGUGUCCGCAGUUAUUCAUAAAUUAUAAGCUGAAGUCGGUGGCUCAUCUACCUUGGAGACAAAUGACAUACAAGUUCCUCAACACCAUCAUUGAUGAUCUAUUUGCAUUUGUUAUAAAAAUGCCAAUACUACACCGGCUCUCAGUCUUCCGUGAUGAUAUCAUAUUCCUGAUAUAUCUGUACCAGAGAUGGGUCUAUCCAGUGGACAAGAAGCGUGUAAAUGAGUUCGGCUUUGGAGGUGAGGAUGAUCCGGCCUCUAGCACAACGGUUGGUGAGACAGUUGCUGCUGUAACUAAAGAGGAAGAUAAGAAGACAAACUAA